CUACCGAAUCUGACAGCCGAAUGUGGCUCGUUUACGUCCGAAAUAGAAACCCUUGCACACACUUUCGCUCUCUUUGCUGCGCGGACCACCAUCCAAAUAGCUGACAGUGCGUGUUUAGCAACAAAAUAGAGUGCCAUUCUGCUUACUCACAAGUGUGGACUCUACCGCGAAGGUGUUUACGUUCAUUAUCAUACCGUGCCACGGUCUGCAUCUCGUGUACGAACAGCGGCAGAAUUAUCGAUCGAAUCCAGACCGAGACAGAAGCAAAAAAAAGCCCCAGCCAACUCAUCUCCAUUGCGGACAACUGCAGAGGAAGCUGCAGAAAGGAUUGGUCUGCCACACGGUCUGCGACUGAGCAGCUAUCGAUCGGAAUUUGCGCUACAUAGUGUGUGGUGUUGAUCUUGAAAAAACUUCUACCCCUUGCUUGCUGGUCGCGUCCCGCAUUGAGAAAUCACCUUGUGGCAUCCGGUGGAAGCGGUUGCAAUAAAGUUUAAACAAAAAAGUAAGGUCGCGACAAGUUUGUGUGUGCGUUUGCAAUAGAAGAGAGAAACCCGUGAUCCUUGGACGAGUCGCGAUGAAUAUGCAUGAAUUGUAUGAAAUUAUAGAAAAGUGUCACGACAAGUCAUCCCAGAAGGAACAGGAUGAGACGCUGCUGCAACCAUUUUCGUACAUCCAGCAAAUUCCCGGAAAGCAGGUCCGGUCGAAGCUAGCGCUAGCGAUAAACCAUUGGCUAUACAUUCCGAACGACAAGCUGGCGGCGAUAAGUGAGAUUGUCCAAAUGCUGCACAAUUCCAGCUUGCUCAUCGACGAUAUCGAAGACAAUUCUAUCCUUCGCAGAGGCAUCCCGGUGGCGCACAAAAUCUACGGCGUGGCGAGCACGAUCAAUGCGGCCAACUAUGUGCUAUUUUUAGCGCUGGAAAAGGUCCAGCAGCUGGGGCAUCCGGAUGCGACGCGGGUGUACACGGAGCAGCUGCUGGAGCUGCACCGUGGCCAGGGUAUGGAGAUCUACUGGCGCGACAACUACGCUUGCCCGACCGAGACGGAGUACAAGCAGAUGACGAUACGGAAAACGGGCGGCCUGUUCAUGCUGGCCAUCCGGCUGAUGCAGCUGUUUAGCGAAAAUCGCAAAGAUUUCACCAAGCUGACCGCGAUCCUGGGGCUGUACUUCCAGAUACGGGACGACUACUGCAACCUGAGCAUGAAGGAAUACUCGGAAAACAAGAGCUACUGCGAGGAUCUGACCGAGGGCAAGUUUAGCUUCCCGGUCAUACACGCGAUACAGACGCAAAAGUACGACAAGCAGGUUUUACACAUUCUACGCCAACGGACGCGCGAUGUCGAGGUCAAGCGGUACUGCAUAACGUUGCUGGAAAAGUUGGGCAGCUUUCAGUACACACGUGACGUGCUAGAGUCACUCGACAAGGAAGCACGAAAGGAGGUGGAAAGUCUUGGACCGAAUCCAAUUAUGGAAGCGUUGCUGAACGAUUUGCUGAGCUGGAAGCAAGUUUCCGACGGUAUGACGGUAGAUGACGACACGACGCCACCGUAAUCAGCUUGUUACAUUUAAGAGAAAAAAUGCUAAGGAACUCGUUUAAUAAUGCGGAAUUUUGUGAGGAAACCCGAUUUCAAGUUAAAUAGCUUUAGCUUUGCGUGAAAGUGGACGUGAAAUUUCAGGGUUUUUUUUUGUGCUAUAUUCAGGCUACAGACCAUUUGAUAUUUACAAGAAUAUGGCUUAUCAUAUACCAAAAGAAAGGAUGUAAAUUAAAUGCAUGUCCUUGUGAUUCUCCGCUGAUCAUUCUUAUCAUUAUCACUGUGAACAAAGCGGGGAAUCACAAGGGAAUGUAUUGAAUUUCAUAUUUCAAUACAUUUUAAAGCUUAAAUAGUUGGGAAAUUGAAUGACCUUUCUUUUGGUGUACGAAAAGCCAUAUUCUGAUUAAUAUGUAGUGAUAUAUAACAAUAAAACCCCGAAAUGUCACGUUCAAUUCCACUGAAGCUGUAACUCGGGCUUUAGAAUGAAGCCAUUUCUUAGGCGUUUAAUUUUAGGCGUAACGCGCUUUCCGGCUGACCAAAAUGUGAGCGACAAUAAGUAUAAUAAUAGUGGAGGUGUUACUACGGACUCAUAAAUUAUCUUCCAAUGCGGUAAAACCACGGUAGUAUAGCUAGCACAGCAGGUUUCUCACUUUAAACGUGGCUGUUGGCACACUUUCUUACACUGCAAUCGUCUCUUUACACGUUUCAACUAUUUCUGUAGCGGCUCUUUGAAUGGUUACAGAAAAUUCGCUGUUUAAACAACAUAUGACUUACGAUUGACAAUAUGGAAAUAAGAUUAAAAAAAAAACGGCUAGUAGAUGUAAAGCUUGAGCCAGCUAGACAAAUCAUGUAAUUACAUGCUCAAUAUGUUACAUAGCAUGGCCGUGAGGCUCGAGAAACUGUGCCAGCUAUCUGAAAUUAACAGACAAACUACGCUAAAAUAUGUGCUGUUGCGUUCAUGUGUCCCGCUAAUAGUAGCUAUUCCAUUUCAGCACGUUGCAGUCAGUGCUGCAAAAUGUCAUGAGAAUCACCAUCGAAAACAAUGAACUUAUCCGUGGUAGCUUGAUAUUCAAGCCGAACAAGCCGAACGCGACGUGGAAGUGCUUGAGUCAAUCCCGAUACUCUGUCAGACAAUCUGAGCUUAAUGCCAUCGCAAGCAUAAUCACGAUUUUUUUCUGGCCGUGAACAGUGCUGCCCAGUGAUGUCACUUUUUCAGUCACCAACACUCAUGACUGAAACGAGGUGAGACUCAAACAGUUGGUGCACCAAUCAUACGCUUGACGACAUUUGCUUAGCACCCAACUCUUGGUCACUCACAUGGUCAUGACAUUUGCUGUCGGUGAUCAUCACGACAUUUUUGGAAUAUACUAGGAGUGUGGUCCCAAGCAACAAAAUGAUCAUGCUUUCUCACUCUGUCUAGUUUGAUUGGGACCAUUCGCACGGACCACAUAUCGCCCAUGACUAUCGUGAUGAUCAUCGACAGAAAAUUUCCCAAUCAAGUGACUGAUCAGGAGUUGGUUGUACAAAAUGUCACUAAGCAUGUGAUGGUCGCAACAAUUGUUUGAGCCUCACCUCUGAUUAGCAUAGUAGAGCUCGUAACAUGAUUUUGUUUCAGGCGAAAUUGGGUAUAGUCAUAAGUGACAUUCUGCAAAACUGAUCACCGUGAAAAAAAAAUCUUGAUAAAGUGUCUGACCAAGCGUUUUCUGCUAAAAUGUCACAAAUAAUGUUUUGGUCACAUCAACUGUUUGAGUAUCGCCUCUGAUCAUCACAAUUCAGUACGUGACGCUGACAUGUCAGAAUUUUCAGUCACAAUUGUUAUGACAUUGACAGUAACAUUUUGCAGCACUGGUUGCAGUACCUUGAGGGAAUGUAUUGCUAGCAUUUCUAAAGCUUACCCUAUCACCCUUUGCAAACACAAUUGGUAUAUGAAUGUAAAAGGAAAAUACUUUUAAUGGAAAUGGCAUUUGCGUGUGUGAGAGGGCGAGAGAAAGGAAUUGCCAAAAGCUUCGCAAAGCCACAACGACAGUGUUGUGGUACAAUCCUACGAAACGUUCUCCAAGCAGUGUAUGCAGUCAGUGCUUUUAUCUGCUUUUAUUUAGUAUAGGCGCAGUGGCCAUAGUGAAAGGAUCGUAUUUAUUUAACAUCUUUUAACUUUCGUUUUCAGUUUGUUAUAUAUUUUGUACAUAUAGGAUUAUAUUUCGCUCAAGUGUUGUCCAGUCCAGGGGUGGCAAAUGCGCAAAUUGGAGAUUAUAAAGGUUAAGCAAGCCGUAGCCAUUGGUUUCGGAUCGGUAAUUUCGUUUUGACACAAGUUAUUAGGUGUAGCAGCGUUAAGAUAGAAUUUCACAAACAUCGCUUUCGAUUCGGUUAUGGCUUGUAUUAUAUUAGAUUUAGUUCCUGCAAAGGUCACGUUGUGUGGUUUUUUAUUAGCACAAUUAGCGUUGCAGGAAGGUACGGGAAUGGAAAGCGUGAAAAAGCAUCGGACUAGUUAGUCAGAUAAGGGAUAAUGGUGAUUGUAGAAAGAUGAAGGGAAAGGCUUUUGAAAAACUGUUUGUGAGAACAUUCUGCCAUUGAAAACCAACCGUUUAAUCCGUUGAAACCGUAAUCACCUUCUGCAGUGUGUGAUACUGCUGAGCAAUUGACCAUUCACUCCUAUUAUUGUUAAUGCAUUUUUAUUGCUGCAUCAGAUCACUGAACAUUAUCUAAUUAGAGGCCAACGAAUCAACGACUUCCUUAGUAUGGUAGGCAUGGUAGGGGUAGUGGAGCAAAACAUCCGUUUGUUCUUUACUGUGCACCGUGGUAAUUAGUUCGAACAAGUAUAGUUUAAGUCAAAAAUGCACAUACAAAGCCAACGAAUACUGCUAAAACUCAUUGCGAUCGAAUGUUGCGAAUCCUUCUGCCCUCUGUACUACCUUGGCUUUGCAAAAGAAAUGGAUAAAACAGUGCUUUGCAUGGCUUGAAUUUUAAACUGUACCUCACUUUACACGUAUGAAAACUAGACGCAAGCGAAACUAGUCGCGUAACGUAUUCAAAACAACGAAGAUGUGAUUGACAAUAAGCUCCCCAGCGUCAUCGUCGUGGGGUGCAUGAAAAGUUAGGAAUCAAAUCUUUACUAACCACUAUCAUCCUCCAGUGUAUUGCCAUAUCAAACCACAGUUCUCGUACCGUAUAAAACCGUACAAAAUGGUGAUAAAUUUAUCAUCCUUUUUCGUUCCUAGAUCUACCACCAACUUACCGUUCGGCCUCUCUAUCGUACAAUUAAAAUACAACUUUAAAUAAUGCACUCAUUCUUCCCUAACCGGGUGUCAGUUACGCUGUUUUUUGGUAUUUUCAUUCACAUAUGCCGUUGUUUCAUUGCUUUUUUCGUUAUCUUUUCUGUUGUCUAUCUUUUGUUUGUUCUUAUUCUUUCUUCUUUCUUUUGCCGUACUGCUCUGUCCGGUUUACCUUAUCGUGUUUCUUACUUUAUAUAUUAUCGUUUAUGAUUUUCUACAUUACUUUUCUCCUCAUCCUUUAUCGCUUGGGCUAUAAUUUUGAGUUACCGUUUCUUUUCCAACAAUAUUGCUUCUUUUAAUAAUCUUUUGAAUCAUUUUACUAUUUUCUAUAGCGUUUUGUUUACACUCGCAUCCUACACACAGACUAUCACGUUCUUUUCAAACCUGUCCCGAAGCGUUCCUUCUUGUUCGAUCUGCCUUUUGACUAGGGUUCUCUUAAUUUUGUGUUCCAUUCUGUAGCUUUUCCCCGUUUCUGUAGUAAAUGAACCGGUUUUACAGUAUUAAGAUUCUCUUUUGUAGAGUAUUUUACCAACAGUGGGGCAGGAAAUUUAAAGAAUUAGACAGAACAUAGUAAGGUCACUUUUUAAAAUCAACUUUAAGGAAAAAGGCGUAAAAUAUGGUGUACUUUUUCUAGUUCUAGUUCCGAGUGUUGGUCCGUAACGUAAUGUAGAACCGUUUCGAUCGAGACUUUUCAGACGUUUUGGCUUACCAGAGGCAAUGAGAAAAAGCAUAGAACGAAACGAAUAAAUGCAAAACAUAUCGCUUACUUCCCACUUCAAACUGUGUCCGAUUUGUGGGAUUUAAUUAA